UAAACAUGAACACGGAGACACAAUCAAAGAAAUGGUUAGACUUAAUUGUUACUAAUCAACUGAUCAUUAAAUGAUCAAAACCCAAUGUCACACCUUUGUGAUGGUUAACUAAUUGUGUUAAGAAUAUCAGAUUUCGGGUCAUCUUCUAAUCGUAACAAUUAACUUAUUCCCUUUGUUGAUUACAAUUCUCGUUACAAUUAUGUUAUCAAAUUUUAUCGUUUAUCUUUUUGUAAUGAUAAGAUUAUUGUUUGUUAUCAUCGCAUUUCCAUUAGCAGUUAAUUCAGUUGAUCAAUCACUCGUUGGACAUAAUUCAUCUCGUCGAGGUGUUGUGAUUACCUUAAUUGGUUGGAGGUGGGACACUAUUGGUCCAUAUCUCGUAGUGGUCAUUUUUUUCAUUCUCGGCGCUUUCGCUAAACUGUCUUACCACAAUACCCAUUGGCUAAGGACUCAAAUCCCGGAAUCAUGUGUCCUUAUCCUUCUUGGAUCUUGUGUUGGAUUAAUCCUUCAUUUAGCAGAUAUUCCUGGAUCCACUUACAUACCUCAAUUUACACCCGAAAAGUUUUUUUACUUUUACCUUCCACCAAUCAUCUUGGAAUCAGCUUAUGAAUUAUUUGAUAAAACUUUUUUCAAAAACAUUGGCACCAUAAUGUUAUUAGCGGUUGUGGGAACCAUAAUCAAUAUAAUUGGGAUUGGAAUCAGUAUUUACCUUUGCUCCAAUUUUGGAUUAUAUUUACCAUUUAGACUUAAUUUCAUUGAAUGUUUAACUUUUUCAACUCUAAUCUCAGCCGUUGAUCCAGUUGCAGUAAUCGCCAUAUUUCAAGAGGUAAACGUUGAUAAAGCUUUAUACUUCCUAGUAUUUGGUGAAUCCUUGCUCAAUGAUGCUGUUGUGGUGACAAUGUACAAUACAAUGACAACAUUUGCCGCCUCAUCAGGCAUCAGUUUAUAUCAUGUAUUUCUGGCAUUUCUCAGUUUCAUCACAGUUUCAGGAGGUGGGAUAAUCAUUGGAAUCAUUUUCGGUGGAUUCACUUCAUUCAUUACCAAAUAUACAUCACAGGUUAGAGUUAUCGAGCCAUUAAUUGUAAUACUUUGUGCCUAUUUAUCAUAUUUCACCGCUGAAUUGUUACACUUUUCCGGGAUAAUCUGUCUUACUUGUUGUGGAUUAAUUCAAGCCGCUUAUGCAAGACACAAUAUAUCAUCUAAAUCAAACAUAACAAUUAAGUAUUUUGUUAAAACUUUAUCAAGUAUUUCAGAGGUGAUAAUCUUCCUGUUUCUUGGGAUGAUCUUAAUCCGGGAUAUUCAUACUUGGAAUUGUAAUUUCAUAGUUUCCUUGUUGAUAUUUUGUAUAAUUUAUAGAUUCGCAAGUAUUUACUUUUUAACGUAUAUUUGUAAUACCUUUUCGAAUCGACUUCGAUCUAUCACUCGACAAGAACAGUUCAUCAUGGCUUAUGGUGGAUUAAGAGGAGCCAUUGCUUUCGCUUUGGCAAUUAUGUUGCACCCUAAGGAUAUCCCAUCAUAUGAGUUGUUCAUCACUGCGACAAUGGCGGUUAUUAUAUUCACUGUUUUCGUCCAAGGGUCAACGACUAAGCCCAUUGUCCGUCUCCUUGGUUUACAAAUGUUAACCGAUGCUGACCCUAAAUUGUUCAAUGAAUUACAUUCAAAAGUAAUCGAAACUGCAAUGAGUGGUAUUGAUGAUAUUCUUAGUCUAUCAGGAGCAGGUACAUUCAUUAUGAAAAACCUUCACAAUGUAAAUAAAUCAGCUGAAAGGUUGCUAAUCAAGGAUUAUACUGACCGAUGGACAGCAGUUAGACACACAAUGAACAGAAUUGAACUAAAUCAAGCUAAAAGUAUAUUCACAAUGGUCAGGUCGAUUCCCGAUAAGUGGUCAGCAAGUGAAUUAGGGACAUUGGAUCGGAACAUUGGACUAUUUGAACGUAAAUUGCCAAAAAUGAGUAAACCGAUUGUACCAAUUACAAAACUGAAUUUAAAUACCGGAAGCGAUCAGAGUAAUAACUCAAAUCAUAGUGUCCACUCUCAUCAUUCCCACAUCUCUGAUCGUUAUCCCCAUGCACACCCUCAUUCCCACCCAAUCUCGAGUCUUAAUCAAUCUAAACAACAACAAUCAAAUCGCCAAUUUGAUAAAACCCAUAGAAAAAUAAUAAUCAAUAAUAAAUCGGUAAACCCUAAACCUAAUGGAGUUACUAGUCCAUUUGUUGGUUAUCAGGGAAGAGUAACUUAUAUCAAACCUAAUGAGCAUCUAGUUGAUCAACAAUUAACAAAAAAUUCUCAACAAUUAACUGAUCAAAAGGGUAAAUUGUCAACUGGUAAAAUUUUAAACUCUCGAUUCAGUUCCGAUUCAAAUAUAAACAAUUUUCGUGAAGCUUUGAAUGAAACUUUCAACUCUAAUCCAGAAUCAAUUGAAGACAAUCAAAGUGAAUCAAGUGAAAAAUCAACUAAUAAAAAAUCAAAACCUAAAUCAAACAAUUAAUCGUCAACUAACCGCCUUAAUAUUUAAGUAUAAACAAUUAACUAUCAAUUGUAAAUAAUCAAACUUUUUGAUAAACUUAAAUUAACACGUUAACUAAUUACUAUUGUCAUCGAUUAUCAAAAUAAAUGAUCAAUUGAUUGCUAAUGUUGACAAAUUUUAAUUAAUUUGAUGAGACAAAAUAAUCAAUAAUUGGUUGAUUAAAUUGAUUGUGUGUAACAAUUUAAAGUGAAAUUAAUCAAAAUUCGGUAAAUUCAAUUAAAAGUAAAAAUUAAAAAUCAGUAACAGUUAAAAGGCUUAAGGCAAUUUAAAUCUGACAGAAAAACUAUAAUCUGAUUUGAAUCGUAAUCAAAUUUAAUUAUCCUGAUGCAAUAAUCAACAAUUUAAUGUUUACCACUAAUCAAACUUAGUUACCAAUAAUUAACCAAACUUGCAAUCAAUGAUCAGUCUUGAUUGGUGAUAUAAUUGAUUUGAAAUGUGUAAAAAUAAUCAAUCGAGUAGCAAUUUAGAUAUUGUAACAUUUGGAGUUAAUCAUUUAAAUUUUGUUUAGUUAAUUUAAUUGUGAUUAGGAUAAAGUGUCAGGUCGUCACAAGAAUCACUCAUAAUGACCUGGAGAGAUUUAGAAAUCAGUUAAUCCUUAAUAUAUCCAGAAUUUAAUCUUCUCUCUCCAUCACUUUCUCUUUCAUCUU